AUGGGCGAGACCUGCGGACCGCAGUGCCUCAGCCGCGCGGAUUGCACGCAUUUCACGUGGAGUGCCUUCAACGGCGGCACGUGCUGGCUCAAGGGGGCGAUCAACGCGACUGAACUGGUCCCCGCCACUGGCACGUCGUGCGGUUACCGCGUCGGCGACAGCGCGACCGGCAACCCGUACACGGGAGUCCAGCAGUAUCUCAACCGCGGGUACGCGGCGAGUGUGAAAUCCGCAAUGCUCGCCGCGUCUCGCGAGGACGCGCCGUUUUUCGCGAGCGUGGCGGAGAAUCCGACGGCUGUGUGGCUCGACAAUAUGGCGUCCCUAGAUUCCAUCCCGGGCCACCUGGAAGAGGCAGCGAUUCAAGGGGGUGCGAAGGCGAUUCUCGUGCAAUUCGUGAUCUACGACCUCCCGGGCCGCGACUGCAAGGCGUGGUCGUCCAAUGGGGAGAUUCCCAAGGGCGGCCUCGACACGUACAAGGCCAAGUACAUCGAUGUUGCCGUGGCGCGCCUUAAAAACAAGGCGGCGAACGUGCGUCUGUCGCUCGUGAUCGAGCCCGACUCGCUGCCCAACAUCGCGACGAACAUGGGGAUGAAUCGGUGCGACGCGACGACGGAUAAGGAGUACACGGAGGGCGUCGCGUAUGCCAUCGCGGAGCUCUCGCAGAUCCCCGACACCACGCUCUAUCUCGACUCCGGCUUUGGCGGCUGGCUCGGGUGGCCGGAGGGAAUGAAGCGCGUGGUGGCGGUGUACAUGAAGGUCCUCGCGCGCGCGCGGCAGAUCCGCGCGAACGCCAAGAUCCGCGGCUUCGCGUCUAACGUGGCCAACUACAGCCCGCUCUUCGCGAGGAGCUUCCCGCUCUUACCCUCCGUCUGUCCCGCCUUGGAGAAAUGCCCGCUGGUGAAGAACCCGAGCACGGGCGAGACUAACUACGACUGGAACCCUUGCAUCGACGAGAACCGAUUUACCGCACGAAUGAAUGCGUACCUGGGAGCCUUGGGAUUGCCGACCAGGUGGAUCGUGGAUACCAGCCGGUCCGGCCGCGCUGGCAUUCGCAACCGCUGGGGGUCGUGGUGCAACGUGAAGGGCGCGGGGAUCGGACAGCGUCCCGAGGCGAAUCCCGGAAGUGCUCCGCAAGGCUCCGUUCCUUUGGCGCACACCUUGCUUGCCCUGCUUGCAGUUGACGCUCUGGUCUGGAUCAAGCCGCCUGGGGAAAGCGAUGGCCACGCAAGGAAGAUUCUGGGCGUGAUUGCCGUGGAUCGCGAAUGCGACCCUCUGGAUCCCCUGGGCCUGGACGCCCUGGCAGACGCGCCGCGAGCUGGCCAAUGGUUCCAGUCGCAAUUCGCCAUGCUCGUUCGCAACGCCAACCCGCCCAUGCCUGCUGGAAAGGUGGACCCGUGCAUGUUUGAUCCGAAAACGAGCCCCGCGUGCGAUCCCUUCUGGGAGGACGUGGCCGUCAAGUACUCGCCGCAGUACAAGUUCCACCCCGACGAAACCAUCUGGCCGAUCACAAUCGACGAGUACCUCACACAUGUGACAGAGUCCAUCGGUCAGUACACUGAGAACUACAAGACGAAAGAGAUUCAGUACCAGGCGGGCCCGAUCACUCCCGACAACCUCGAUACCUUGCUGGGGGAUGGGGUGUUGAAGACCGACCGUGGCCGAACUGUCCUGCUCAGUUCGCGCGAAGAGAUUACCAAGGAUACGGACUGGGUGAAGGACUCGGCGCACAACCCAUCAAAAGGAGGCACGAAGGUGUACACGAUCAUCUAUAAUCCGAAGCCGGACGACGCUGACUCGUUUGUGGAGAUUCAGUAUUGGAUGCUCUACCCCUAUAACUACGCCUCCAUCCUCCGCGAGUACAACCACAUCACGGAUCUGGUGGCGAUUGCGAUCCGCUUCUCAAAGACCGGCCAGCCGCAGCGCAUUUGGUACGCGCAGCACGGCGACGGCCCCGUGUGGGCGUGGGACACUGGGGCUGACUGGAAUGACAAAAAGUCAAAGAACUUCGCUACAGUGCUGGGAACGCAUCCCAUUGUGUAUGUCGCGAAGGGGAAUCAUGAGCAUUACCCGAGCGCUGCAGGAAGGAGCGGUGCAGAGGGUGGCAGCAGUGGGAGGAGGCGGCGUGGCAUUGAGAUAGAAGGAGGGUGGGAGCAGGCGCAGGGGUACAUGGAGAGCAUGGACAGUGGAGGAGGGGUGAUAGGGACGGAGAAGAUGAAGGCAGGGGAGGUGUGA